AUGUGUUUCAAAGGGCGACUGCCGAUCCGCGCCGGGAGUCUUUGGCGCCACAAGUGCCCGCGGUGCCGGGGAUGCGCGGGAGCGGCCGGCAGGGCCAAGGCGGAACUGCCGCGGCCCGACCCAAACUUUCCCGGCUGCGGCGCUGCCGCGGCGAGCACUCAGCUGCCGCGCCGCCCCUGGCAACACGCCGAGGGACUUUUGGGAAGGAGGACGGCCCCGGGCACCCGGCCCCAGACCCGCGUUCAAAGUUCGGCCCGGGGCGCGGAAGGCCGCCCGCCGCCGCCCGGCACCCCCAACGGGCGUGAGAUGGCAUUGCCAGACUCGGUCACUACUUGCCUUUCUCAACCUGUGCACUAUGCGAUUUGCAAACUUGGAUUUGAGAAGAAAGACACUUAUGAUAUUGAUAAUAUUUUAUCUGGAAGUGGGGAAGUUUGUUGGCCAGCUGUUACAGAGCAUGUGUGUUACCUUGAAUCAGAUCAAAGUGUGGAUUAUAUCAAAAGCAUACGAUCAUUAGGACCUGUCUGUGAAUCUGUUAAUUCGUACUUCAAAUCUCUGACCAAGAAGCAGUUUGUAAUUCAGUAUGCAUCGUGGUUCCACUGGACAAACUGCACAGAGGUAUUUCUGGAAGUGUUUGAUGUUUUACAAUCUACACAAGCUACAGAAGUUGCUCUAGGCUUAAUGAAACUAACAUCAUGCUUGGAGCGGGCCUUGGGUGACGUGUAUUUACUUAAGGGUAAUGAUUGUCCUUUCCUUCUAAGAGACUUGCUUGCAUCUGAGCAGCUUGCAGAUGUCUUUGGACAAGCUGUAAUGAAUGUACUGAGGGUAUUCAUUGGAUCUCCACAUGGUCUGAACCUUCGUAAUGUUUUGUGGCAUGGAUUUGCAUCUCCACAAGAAAUUCCUGCCAAAUACUGUGCUAUGCUGCUCUUUUUAACUGCAGGAUUGGGUCAGUUAUUAGAGACUUAUCUUCUGCAAACUAAAGGUGUUUUAGAACAUCGACCUUAUGUGAUCUUCAUGAGCUUAGAGGAGCUUGAUGCAUUUCCAGAUCUUAAUAGUGAAAUCCUUUCCAUAGCUGAAGAACUUGUAAAACUGUCCGGUUUUGUAUUAAAAAUUAUGUUGCCAUUUUGGAUCGCUGCUUUAACAGCUUUCAAGCAAAGCAGGUAUGCUGACAGUGUGAUUCUCUUACUUCCUCAGCUGGAAGCUGGACUUAGAUUGCUGUUCACUACAACUAAUAAAUGUCCAAAUCGAUUGCUAACAGCAGAGUCUUCUGCUCUCUACACCACUUUUGAUGAGAUGCUAGCAAAGCAUUUGGAUAAUGAAGAAGUCAACCAGCUACCUGUGGUUCUUGAAGAGCCUGCCAUGGACUUCCUUUGGGAUUUCUUGAACCACCAGGAGGGCCCACGUAUAAGAGAUCAUUUAAGCCAUGGAGAGAUCAAUCUAGAAACAUUUCCCAGAGAAAUAGCUAACCAAAUAGUUGGAUUUGCUAUUACUAUUCUCUGCAGAUUCUCAGAUGAGGCUAUGUAUUCUCUUAAGGAACACAUGCUCAUAAAACCACUGAUGAACUGUGCAAGUUGCUACCAAUCUCGAUUUCAUCCAAUUUCCCGGCUCAAGAAACAGGUGCUGGAAUGUAUGAAGAGCAUCCAUUUAUGGCCUGAAUUGGCAACAGUGCCUGAGGAACAAGAACAAAGGAUUAAAGGGUUGGAAGGAAAUGCUGAAGCUAAUACUUUAGUUUUGAUGGUAUCUGAAAUCAUAUCUCAGUUGCAGCAUUAUAUGCCCCAGAAUUGCUGUAGUUCAGAUGAUCCUAUCAACAGUGUCCUAACAGAGAGGCUGCUGGUGGAACUUUGUGAUACACGCAUUUGCACGCUGUAUUCCCCACGACCUGUCCUGGAAGUAGUGGUGAUACUCCGCAAAAUAAGCGCGCAGUGCCAUCAAGCGUCCCACCAGGUUAUUGCCGGCGCUGCGCUCAGACACAUGCAGUGGCUCAACAAGACUCUGCGCUCCCGCCAGAGGCACAACUAUCGGCGGAUGCUGAACAGCAUUAAAUUUUUGUCUCCAGUCUUGCGGCUCGUCUUACUAUUGAUUACUCUGGAACUAGUCAGUGUUCAUUCAGUUUGUAAGAAGAAUCCUUUUGAUUAUCAGCAGUAUCUAAAGUUUUUGAAGUCAGUCUUGCAGUACACUGAGAACUUGGUGACAUACACAAGCCCUGACAAAAACAAGUGGGAUGAAACCAUGGAACUUACAAAGAAGACUUUGAUAAAAAUACAGAAAAUCAGUGACAGAAAGCUGAUGUUAAUGCAUCUAGCUACGUGAAUGAAAUGGGCUUAGGAUUGUCUGGAAAUUGUUGUAUCUAAACAGUUACGGAGACCUCAUAUUUGAUAAAUCUAAUUCAAAGACAAAAUUCAUAAGUCAUUUUCAAAUUUUGGAUGCAAAGUUUACUCUUUUUAUCAGGAAGUAGCUGCUGAUACUGGAGAUGAAUGAUCAAAGUUCCAGAGAACAGGUUGUUUGUCAAAUCCACUGAAAAAGAUAAACUGUGAACUAAAUCAGGAUGAUGCAAGUUCUACUGUAAAUAUAUCUUGUGUUUUGUGCAUUGAUUGUUCUUAUAUUUUUUGUAAUUUUUUUUGUUUCCUACUGUACUGAAAAAUACCUAAGAAAAAAAUGUGAAUAAAAAGCUCUGGAAAUUUUUAAAUCCGAAAAGUCAUCUUUUACUUUGGAAUACAUCGGGUAUUAUGUCAGAGACUGUGAUUGACAAGUUAAGAAAUUAUGAACUGUCAUCCUAAAAUCGUGCUCAUUGUCAUCUGUAGUUGUUAUUAGUUGUGAACAGUCUGAUCUUGCUCUGAGCUCUGAGGCAGAGCUGGUAACUCAGUAACCAGUUGUUUAUAGAUGAGGAUUUAAGGGAAUAGGAUGGAUACUUCUGCAGAAGGAUACUUCUGCAGGGUAUGUGUUUGUUUUGUUAAAUUUCAUCUUCUCAUUCCAAAACAUAUUUAGUUAGAUAAUUUCGUAUAGAAUGAAUGUGAACACACACAUGCUCACAGACAUGUGUUCACUGUGGUUUAGAAAGUUAUCCUCUUAUUGCACACAAUAUUAAUUUGAAUAUUUUAGUUUUUCAAAAUAAAUUCUCCCCCUUUUUCAUCACCAAAGAGUAGAACUUCAAAGGAAUGCAUAGGUUGAACAACAGAUUCACAGGAGACCACCAAUGUCUCUCCAUUUGCUUUCACCUAUGGAGAGUAAAAUCAGAGACUAAUGUCUGGAUAAUGUUUGGCUCUACAAAGGAUUAAAGAUUCAAGUUACAUUUUAAUAAGCUUCUUUGCAGUGUUUCUUGACUGGAAAUCACAGCUAGAGAAUUGCUAGUUUGGUUUAUUCAUUGUGGGGGAUGGAUAUAAACUAAGAUCAUGUUGCUUCCUUUGUGCUACUCUUGAAAUAUAUUGUGUAUGUUUGAGAUUUAGCUUUGCCACUUCCCAAAAAUUCUUUUGUUGCCAUGAAAAUAAACUAUGUGAAGAAGUUUGAACUGGAUAAAAUAGAUUAAAUAU